AUGGCUGAUAUAACUUCAUUCGAAAAUAAAGCUGCUAUUAGUUAUAAUUCUAAUCCUACUGAUGAUGAAGAUAAGGAUGAUGAUACAGAGUCUGAUGAUAGUGAUAGUGGGGAGUCUAAUACGGAAGAGGAUGUCUCACUACAUGAGGUACCCCUUAUUCCUGAAUUUGGACUGGUUUAUGCGUUCGAUGAUGAUGAGGCUGCAUCCCAUGGAGUAUCGUCAAAACAUGCAUUCUUUGAUGUAAAUGAAGAGUUAAGAAAGGGAAUGACAUUCGGAUUGAUCGGAUUAGCAUAUAUGGAGGAUACGCACACCUUUCAUUUGCUUCGACAUUAUGGAGAUCUAUUAUCUAGAACGUGGAGAGAGAGAGCGGUUUGGGCGGCGGCGACGGUGGUGCGGUUGCGAUGCACACCUGCGUGUGCAUGUGGGGGCAGCGGCCGCUUCUGCUGCCGUCCUCCUCCUACUCUUCCUCUCACAAUCCCCUUCGCCUUCCUCCUCCUUUCCGAACUAACGAUUGCUCCCAUCUCCGCCUCAUCCCACGUCCUCUUCCUAGCCCUCGCCAUCGACAUCCUUCCCUCCCUUCUCCCAAUCCAAGCAGCCUCCCCCUGCCUCCAUCGUCGCCGGUGUCCCGAUGCUCCGUCCUCCCCUCAGUCCCACUCGCACCUCCUCCCCCUCCGCCGCUCCAAGAAGACGGCGGUGGCAGCAGCGACGACGGCAAUAAUAACAAGAACACCAACAACAACGACAAAAAUGGGUGGGGUUGGUGGUGGCAGUGGAACCCCUUUGAUCCCGAUGGCCGGUGGAGUUUCUCUCCUCCUCCUCCCCCGCGGCCCUUCCCGCUCCUUCCUUGGGGACCAGGAGAGGGACGAGGUGGCGGCUGCUGCUGCGGUGCUUCUCUUCCUCCUUUCUCUCCUCCCCUAUCCUGCCCUGGCUAGAAGCGAUGGUAUGGGUGCCUCCAUCUGGGAGGUGAGGGGGGGGCAGAGGAGGCGGCUCGUGCCCGAUCCUUGUGGGGACAUCUUCGUGGUCGACAACCGCAACAUCAGCAAUUGCAAAGGCGGUGACCAUGGCAAUGGCCGCUCCCCUUUCCACCAUCCUGGACUGGAAUCUUGCUGGCGGCACUGUAGGGAUCUGGUCGUGAGGCUGUUGCUCCCGGAGGGAUACCCUGACAGCGUCAGCAGCGAUUACCUCGAGUAUUCCCUCUGGCGAGGGGUCCAGGGCAUUGCCAGUCAAAUCAGUGGCGUCCUCUCGACUCAGGCUUUACUUUAUGCAGUUGGAUUGGGGAAAGGUGCAAUUCCAACAGCAGCUGCUGUCAAUUGGGUGCUUAAAGAUGGAAUUGGAUAUCUCAGCAAAAUAUUACUGUCAAAAUUUGGUCGUCAUUUUGAUGUUCACCCUAAGGGAUGGAGACUAUUUGCAGAUCUUUUGGAAAAUGCAGCCUAUGGAAUGGAGAUUCUGACUCCUGCUUUUCCUCAAUUUUUUGUUUUGAUUGGUGCAACAGCUGGGGCUGGUCGUUCAGCAUCUGCUUUGAUACAGGCUGCUACCAGAAGCUGUUUCAAUGCAGGUUUUGCCGUGCAAAGAAAUUUUGCAGAGGUCAUUGCAAAAGGUGAAGCUCAAGGAAUGGUGAGCAAGUUUCUUGGCAUUAUGCUUGGGAUAGCAUUGGCCAACUACAUCGGCACUUCCACACCAUUAGCUCUUGCUUCUUUUGGUGCAGUAACAGGAAUUCACAUGUAUUGCAAUUUUAAGUCAUAUCAAUCAAUUCAACUGAGGACUCUUAAUCCAUAUCGUGCAAGUUUGGUUUUUAGUGAAUAUCUGUUGAGUGGACAAGUUCCUAGCAUAAAAGAGGUUAAUGAUGAGGAACCCCUCUUCUUCGGCUUGUCAAUUGUCAACAGAAAAGCACACAGUGAACAGUCUCAGAUACUGUCUGCGGAUGCCAAAGUUGCAGCAUCUGAGAUUUGCCGCCGGCUGCAACUGGGGUCUAAACUCAGUGAUGUCAUCAACCGCAAAGAGGAUGCAUUUGCACUUUUUGAUCUGUUCAAAAACGAAGGUUACCUACUUACAGUGAAUGGUGGAAGAUUCUGUGUGGUACUUAAAGAAAGAUCUUCUCUGGGAGAUAUGCUCAAGUCUCUAUUCCAUGUCAACUAUCUAUACUGGCUGGAGAGAAAUGUAGGAAUUGAACUGGGAACUGUUGCUGAGGAGUGCAAACCUGGGGGGAGGCUGCAAAUAUCUUUAGACUAUGUGCAGAGGGAAUUUAGCCAUGUCAAACAUGAUGGGCUGCAAAGUGGUUGGAUGACUGAUGGGCUGAUAGCAAGGCCAUUACCUACCAGGAUACGUCCAGGCUAUGCUGUAUGUGAGUAGACAGCUCUGUCUUGUGGAGUGUGCUAUGCCAGGGGAAAAACCAUCCAUUCGAGAUGCCUGCUUGAAAUUUUGCAUGCAUAAGAUUUUGGGGACCCAGAGCAACAUAAACAGCUUUGUACUCCCACGAAAGAAGUGCUGAUACAAGAGUUCCAGUUGGAACUGCGGGAUAUUUAAGCAAAGGUCCUUGACAUCUCCUGGAUCAAUAAUUCAUGAGCCGACAAUUACUCUUUAACAACAGGGUUAAUGGAUAGGAUGCCUAAUAGUUCAGAUUCGUGGCAAGCAUCUAUUGUCUGGUUUUUACUAGGGACUUCUUUGGUUUGUUUGAGGUUUUGAGGCUUUCAAAGGAGUCCCAAGAGCAUUGGAAAGUGAUGGCCUUGCAUCUUCCAUGCAAAAUAUUGAUUUGAUUGUAGAUGCUUGUUGUGGUCUUUUAAGGUGUUUGUCUUUUGUUCCUUUUCUUUCUUCUUCUGCUUCAUUGUUUUCUUUCAUUUUCCCUGGAAUGGGGAGGAUGGAGCUCGCUUGUGUGGCUCCGGUUGUCAGUAGAUUCCUCAAAUCAAGUUAGUAUUUUACAGAAUAAAUGUGAAGGCCAUAGAAAGUGGCUACCCAGCCUGAA